AACCCUUUCCCUAAACAUCACUUCUCAAGCCAAAGUUUACAGUUCCUGGGUUAGUGCCGGCGCCAUUUGUGGUUUCAUUUUCAAGCUCACCUCUUGUUUUUCCAUUUUGCUUAGUUUCAAGAUAUGGGAAGGAUUGAUUUUGGGUUUUCUGUUUUGGGGAAAAUGCUGAAGUUAGGUGUUGAACCUAGUGCUGUAACUUUUUCAACUUUGAUUAAUGGGCUUUGUAAUCAAAGUAAGAUUUCUGAGGCCGUUAGUAUCUUCGAUGAAAUGACUGAAAGAGGAUAUCAACCUGAUUUGAUUGUUUACAGUACAAUACUUAAGGGGUUGUGUAAGAGCGGCAAUAUUGAUAGAGCUGUUAGGUUUCUAAGGCUGAUGGAAGGCAGAAGUUUUGAACCCAAUGUUGUAGCAUAUAGUACCAUCCUUGACUGUCUUUGUAAGAAUGGGUUAUUAAAGGAGGCUCUUGAUUUCUUAUCUGAAAUGAAGGUUAAAGGCAUGAGACCAAAUAUCAUUACUUACAGUUGCUUAAACAGGAGGAGGCAACAAGGCUUUUGAAUGAAAUGGUGGAUAACAAUAUUUCACUUAAUAUUGUCACAUAUACUAUAUUGAUUGAUGCACUUUGCAAGGAAGGAAUGAUUUCUAAAGCUGUAGAGACCCUUGACAUGAUGAGAAAGCAAGGCAUUGAGCCUAAUGUUGUUACCUAUGAUGCAUUAGUUAAUGGUCAUUGCUUGCAGAAUGAAAUGGAUAAAGCUAGAAGAGUUUUACAGUUGAUGAUUGAGAAGGGUUGUGCACCUAAUAUAGUUACUUACAGCACCAUGAUCAAUGGAUAUUGCAAAGGUAAAAGGUUAGAUGAAGCAAUGGAACUCUUUCAUGAAAUAUCUCAAAAGGGACCAAUCCCGAAUAUUGUCACAUACAACAAUCUCAUGCAAAGUAUGUUUCAAUUAGGGAAAGUUUCAAAAGCAUGUGAACUGUUUAGAAAGAUGCUUGCUUCUGGACAAGUUCCAAAUCCAGUGACCUGUUUGAUUUUGUUGGAUGGCUUAUUUAAAACAGGUAAUCUCAAAGAGGCAUUGAAAUUUUUUCAAGCAAUGCAAAACAGUGGGUUGGAACUUGAUAUUGGCCCAUAUACUAUCCUAACUGAUGGCUUGUGCAAAGCUGGGCAUAUUGAAGUUGCCAAGGAAUUAUUUCAUCAACUCUCAGACAAUGGUUUAAAACCGAAUGUUUACAAAUAUGGUGUAACGAUUAAUGGACUGUAUAAAGAGUAAUUGCCACAUGAAGCAUACAGGUUGUUUGGGAGCAUGGGAGAUAAUGACUGUCCGCCUAAUAGUUGCUGUUAUACUGUAAUGAUUCGGGGGUUCCUUUGAAACAGCUAUACCUCAAAGGCAACGCAACUUCUUACGAAAAUGGUUGGUUAGGGCUUUUCUGCAGAUAUAUUCAUUACCAACUUAUUUAUGGAUCUCAUCAUACAUUCUAAUAAAUCAAUCUUGUUGUGAAAUGUUUCAUAAAUUGUGUAAAGAUCAUCACUUGUAAAUUUGAAUCAAUUUUUACAUAACCAUUGUACAGUGAUAAAAGAUUAUGGAAACUAGAAUGAGUUUUAGUGUCUA